AUGUCCACCGAGCUGCUGCUCUCGUUCAUAUUACUCGCACCCGCCGCCCCGAAGUCCGUCGGCGCGCGCGCGCCAGAGCGCACUCCGCUGCCGGCCUCGCAGCCGGUAGCUCCGCUGCCCUCGCGCUCCGCGCUCUGCGGCGCUCUCAAGCAGACGCGAAACCGGCAGUCAAUCGCGCGGCUCAUCGCCGAACUCGAGCCGCAGUCUCAAAAGGAAUACACGAUGUGUAUCGCCGCCUGGGGCCGCGCCGGUGACUGGCGCCGCGCCGUCGGACUCUUUGACACAAUGAGCGAUGCCGGCGUCGAGCCGAAUCCGUUCAGCGUGAGCGCCGUAGUGUCCGCGUGCGAGAAGGGCGGGCAGCCGGCGCGCGCGCUCGAGAUCUUCGAACAGGCGCGCGCCGGCGAUCGGUUCGAGAGCAAUGUUGUCGUCUUCAACGCUGCGCUCGCCGCUUGCUCGCGGGGCGGCGAGUGGCGGCGCGCUCUCGACCUGCUGGCCGAGAUGCAGCGGCAGGGCCUCUCGCCAAACUGCAACUCGUUCAACUCCGCCAUCAGCGCGUGCGGCCGCGCAGGCGAGCUGGACACGGCGCUCGAGCUCCUGUCGACAGGCAUGCGCGCUGCGGGCGUCGAACCCGACGUCGUGAGUUGGAGCGCCGCCAUCGCCGCGUGCCAGCGGCGCGGCGAGUGGCGGCGCGCUCUCGAGCUUCUCGACGGCAUGCGCCGACAGGGCGUCGCACCAAACGAGCGGACCUUCGGCGCGUCUUCCCUGGCUGCCCAUGGCGCCGCCAUCUCGGCUUGCGCAAAGGGAGGCGCGCCGCCGGAGCGUGCGCUGGAGUUGCUCGCGGAGAUGCGCUCAAGCGGACUCCGCGUGGCCGUCAGCGCCGCCAUCAGCGCGUGCGGCGCCGCGGGGGACUGGAAGGCCGCCCUCUUCCUCCUCGAUGAGAUCCGCCGCUCCGGCGCACGACCCGACCUCAUCUCUUGGAACGCGGCCCUGGCGGCCCUCGACAAGGGGAGGCAGCCGCGGCGGGCGGUUGCGAUACUCGACGAGAUGGCGGCGGCGGGCGUGCAGCCCGACGCCGUCUCGUACAACACCGCGUUGCUUGCGUGCCAGCGCGCUGGCGAGUGGGACUCGGUGCUUGAGCUCUUCGAGAGGGUGCGGCGUGCGGGCGGCAAGGGCGCGCCGAACGCCUUCUCCUUCAACGCAGCUCUCGCCGCAUGCGCCGCCACCUCCAGGGCGGCGGAGGCGGUCGCGUUGCUCGGCGAGAUGCGGGAGGCGGGCGCGCCCCCCACCCUGCGCUCCUAUGCGGCCGUCAUCUCGGCGUGCGAGGCCGCCGGGGAGUGGGAGCGGGCGCUCGACAUCCUCCGCGAGGCCGAGCGCGCCGGGGUGGCGCCGCAGCUGACUCCGGCGGUCGCCUUGCAAGCCGGCCUCGUGUCGCUGAACGCGCUCGAGUCGAGGCUGCUCAGGGCCUUGGGGCGAAGGACCUGAGCGUACCGUGUGCGUGUGUACGGCCAGCGAUUUGUGUGAGUGUUGUCUGUAUCUGGUGGGACAACGCCGACCGCCGGAGAUAAUUUCUUUAAUCUAUCAACACAU